CAUCCCGCCGAACUGCCCCGAAAUUCUAAGAUGCCGCCGGUUGACAAUAGUUUAGCUGGUUUAACACUCGACGUCGUUUUGGGAAAAGCUAAACAAGCUCAACCGCCGGCUCAGAACAAAGCUAAACAAUCUGAACCACCCCCGGCUCAGAACCGUGUACUUUCGGAUACUGUACCAGAUGAUACAUCUACCAAGGACAAAAAGAGUUGGAAAUUAAUUCGAGAGAAGCUCCGGCUUAAGAAAGCCGCUGGUUCGGCUUGGACCUCCUCGAUUCCUAUUCCGGCAUCCUAUGUUAAUGUUCAAAGAUCCCAAGAACGUGCCCCGGGUGGGAAGCCCCGGCCGCAAUUGGCUCGGAGGACUUCGGCACGGUUUGAUAACGAUGAUUCGGAUUCCAGCACGCCGAGUGACGGUACACCGUCGAGAAGCUUUAAGCGACGUCAUUAUUUGAACGACGACGACGAAGGCAACGACUCUUUUAGGGGAGCGCCUUUGGGGAAGGAGAGAUCAUUGUCCGCCAGAGAAGCAGUUGCUUCACAGGAAGCAGCGGAAGCUGCUUCUGCGGCAGCUGCAGUCGAAAAAGAAGAGGCGGAAAAUAACGGUUCGCCCGAGGGUGAGAAACCUGUUAAGAUGUCGUUGAUGGAUUUGUUGGGUGAGUCGGGAUCGAGUUACAUAGACGAAGACGACGAGUACUGUGAAGAAGAAGAGGAAGAGGAAGUGGAAGAAAUCGUGCAAUCAAAGGGAAUCGAAUUUACGUGUUGCAUUUGCAAGGUCAAUAUUACGAGCUCGGCGUACAUGCCUUGUACGCAUACGUUUUGCCGGCUUUGCUCCAAGGAGUUUUCGGUUCAACGAGGGAACUGCCCACUCUGCAAUGGCUUCGUCUCGGAAAUUCUUGAGAUUUUCUAA